AUGGGGCUCGCUAUGUGCGACCUCACCCAGUUCGCUUCGUGCGACUCUGAAUUAACUGGUCUAUCUUCAGAUAUCGACGAGUGGGUGACUAGCGAGCGACUUGCAGGGUACGAGUACGAGGGAGAACGAAAGUGUGGAGGGAAGGGAAUAGAGGGUGGACAGCUUGCAAGCAAAUCCACAGGAACGCCAAACCGGAUAAACGAAAAACGGUUGAAGCGUUACAGGGAGUAUCGAGGGGGAACGGAAGCGUGGUGGGAAGGAAAUCGUGGGUGGGUGGUAAGUACCGUCUUCAAGAACCGUUAG